AUAAAAAAAGUGUGAACCUUUGUGAAAAAGAAACUAUUAAACCAACCAAAAGUUUUGGUUGGUUAAAUAAAAAUAGUAUUUUUAUUUAAAUUUCAUAAUAUUUAUUGUAGAUGAUCACUUAACUGCGAAGAUCAAUUUAAUUCAAUCCGAAAAUUCACAGUCAACUUCAACAUCCAAGACAAAUGAAAAUUUUGACACAAUUUCGCAGAAUAUUUUUGCUGACUUUUUAUAUAAAUCAGAAGACGAAUACCUGAAGAAAACUGAAAAUGUAAAGUCGAAAAAUGAGGAAAUGAAAACAGGAGGUGAAGAAAAAAUGAAAGAUGAGGAUGUAUUAACUACUCCAUUUUUCAAUUUGCCUCAAGAGAUUCAACAGCACUUGGAUAAAUUGGCUCUUCUUAUCCCGGAUUCUUUCUAUGGGAAUCGUAAAGAUGACGUUACAGCAGGAUUGUAUUCCAAUCCAGAAGAAGUCGAAGACAAAAUGAAAAGAAAUCCUUUUAACGCAUGUGUACGAAUUUUAGCAGAAAGAAUGAUAACAGCUGAUUGCACUACAAGAGAUGAUAUUUUGCAAAUAUCUAAGUUGGCAAUUGACAAGUUUAUAGGACUGAAAGGAACGUCGAAAGAACCUCACGAGAGGCUACAAAUGGGGCUAAUAAAUUGUCUAAAAAAUAGAAAAACUCGAUCGAAUCCGAAUCGAAAUAAAGCUGAUACAUCUAGAGGUAGAAAUACUGGUAACGAAAGGGAAAGUACUGAUACUAUGCCCGACAGCUGCUUAGAAAUGGCUGAAGAAUAUUCUCAUAUCGAAAGAGAUAUUUUUCGAUUGAAAAAAUUACUCACAGACACACGUGAGACACGAAAAAGAGAUUCGCGAACUUUAACUGCCCAGGAUUUGCUAAAUAAAUACCCAGCCUUACAUGAUCAAAACUUGUUUCUUUGGGAAUUUGAAAAAUUGGUUGACAUGCCAAUUAAGGAAAUGAGAUCAAAUUUGAAAAUCAACGCUUCGAAGGAAACAGUGCCAGCAAGUAACAAAGCACCAACCUUAAUUUCAGUCGAUGAGCAUUGUGAAAUGCUUAAGUGCUAUGUGGAUUCUGAGCCUCUACACUGUGCGAAACCUUUAGAAGCUCUAUUGCUUCUUAUUGCUUCGUACUACAUUUUUAACAUAAACUACGAAAAGAAACACAAUCUGCAAUUUUUAUUUUUAGAAAGAAUAAUUUUUGGAGAAAAAUUUCGCCGAAUUUCUCCUAUAAAUUCGAAGUAUUUAUCACUUUUAAACCUUCAAGACAGAGCAAAAUUGGCCUUUUAA